AAGACCAUCUCAUGUGGAUGACCAACCCAGUGUCCAGUGCCCUGAAACCAAGCACCACUGUCUCUACUGCUCCUUCUGGGGCAUCACUGCAAGCUCCGUCUGCAGUUCCGCUUCCUCGUUUGUGGUCUGAGACCUUACCACCAGAGGAUCACAGGUGGAUUGCCGGCAGGCUUUUUAGAAUGGGGUCCAAAGGAAAGCCAGAGCUCCGUGACAACCUUCAGCUCUGGUAUUACCCACCACAACCAGCACUUACGUACAAUCAGGCUCCAGCUCCAGACAGAUUUUUCGCCCAUGCUCUUUUGCUGUGGAUGCCAUAUAAACUGUGGAGGGUCAAGGUGCUCUGUCCCAAUCCUGCCUGUGGACAGCAUCAUCUUACAGGAGGCGGUCUGCACAAGAGGGCACAUCAGGUUCUGGACAUCGAUAGGAUGUACAACAUGGUCACAGAAACCCUCAUCUGUACCAAGUGCAAAGCCUCGCAUGUGUCCUGGAGUCAGACUGUCCUGCAACAGCUGGAUCUGGGCCAUUGCUCUGAGUUUCGGGUCAUCCUCACGCAGAAGUAUGCCUGUGAUCUGAGAGUCAUUAGAUUCCUGCGUGAGCGUGGCCUAGGCAACAGUCCUACACGGGUCAUCAAACAGCUGCAUGAGAACCACAGUGAGGAGUGGCUCAAGUGUCUGGCCCGGUACACCACCCAAUGUGUUGACUUUGUCAACCGCCCUGGAGUGUUGCCAAUAAAAUUCCAGGAACCCCCAAAGCCUGCAGUGGUGCCAAGCUGGAAGUGGCUUCUCACUGUUUACAGCCGAGACAUCCUGACAAGGCUGGAUGAAAUCCAUGCCAGGAUAACAUCCACUUACAGCACAGUGUUAAAGAUGGAUUCAACUAAAAAGUUCACCAAAAAGCUGGCAGGGACAGCCAGAGGAACGGGACUGUGGCUCACCUCCGUUGGCAACGAGUUUGGCCAGGUGCUCAUCAGUGUCUUAACAGCCCAGGAAGGAGCAGGACUGGACAAGAUGGUAGACGGUCUUGUGAAACGCUACCAGCAGGCCGGUGUGGAUCCACCUGCCGUGUUGUACGUCGACUGUGGGUGCUGCACUGAGGUGGGAGAGACCAAGCUGAAAGCUAGGUUCAGUGGAUGGCCGGAUCUCCUGAUAAGGCUGGACAUCUGGCAUUUUAUGCGCAGGAUUGCCUUGGGAUGUACAACCGACGCCCAUCAGCUUUACCCCAUCUUCAUGUCACGACUGUCAGCAUGCAUCUUUGAAUGGGAUGGUGCUGAUUUUUCUCUGCUCCGCAAAGCCAAGAGAGAGCUGCUGAUGUCCCAGGGUUGGCCUGCGCUGACAGAUGAAGAUGUCGACAAACACCUUAAGAGGGAAGAGUUGGCUCUCCAUUGUCGGAGGAGGACCCGCGGGGAGGAGACUACCAUCCUUCUCCUUGAAAGGCUGCUUACAGAGCUCCUAAGCAGCCAAGGCAAUGACACCCUGGGUGUUCCUCUCCUGGACAGAGAAAGGAUGGAGCACAUCUGGAGUGUCCAGAAGAAGCAUGUGAAAUGCAUCCAAGAUCCCCCAUGGUGUGGUGCUCUAUACAGAGAAGGGGACCUUAACCAAGGGUGGUGUGCUUCUGGGGACAUACAGAUGUGCCAGAGGCUCCACUUCUCUCGAGUCCUUUCACUUGCAUCUCAACGUUUCAUCCCAGGGACCAGUGCCAACAGUCUGAACUUUCAGAUUUAUCUUCUGGAGGGGCUUCACAGGUGGAACCAGGACCGGGAGGCUGCUUGCUUGUCAUCUGAACCAUCAGCUUUGCGCAGCUACACAGGAGAACUCCUUCACUGUGCAAACUGCAAUUACGAAAAGCUGUUUGGCAGGAAAGUGGUCCCCACGUUUUGUCACCCUGCACGUUACACCGGUGAGCUCAUUGGAGUCCAGUAUUUGUUCCUUCAGACUGGUCAGGCACUGCAGGAAAUGAACCCAGACUCUGAGCAGACAGCAGAGCUCCUUGAUGACCUCAAUGUGGAAGAGCGGGAGGAAGAUGAGGGCUUCUGUGACAUCAACGAGGAUCACACCUUAAGAGAUCUGGAUGUUGUUCUGUCACCACUGUCCACACUGACACUGGUUUCUUUCACCCCAGUCACAAGCAGUGCCACCUCUGUCCUGGGCUCCUCAACGCCUUCAUUGGUCCCUGACACCAGUGUUCUGGCACAUAGCCUCCCACAGUCUGCGUCCCCUGUCCCCUCUGAGCCUUCUGAUUUACCUGUCCACUUGGAGUUGGAAGAUGCAGGGCAGGAAGGCGAUGAAGAGACGGCUGUUGACUACCAAAAUGUGCCUGGUUUUCAACAUGUGGACAGGCUGGCGGAAUAUCUGGUGGAGCUCCGGGGUCACACAGUCCUCAGCCUGACCAACCAGGAAGCCAACACCAUCAUUGGACUUUGGCAGAAGCUGGAUGACCGAGACAAGCAGAGGGUGGUGUAUGCAGCUCGGCACCAGGAGCGACUGCUGAGUGGGCGCUUCAGAACACCAAAGAGGCCCACUCACACCCCUGGAGUAGAGAGCACCACCAGAUGUGUGCGGGUGCAGGCAGCGUACCCGCUCAGUGGCCUGACUGCUGCCGUCUGGUGGAGACCAUCUUCAUCAGGCUUUGCACAAUUCACCUAGCCCCAAGAAAAAAGGAAAGGGAAGCCUGUCGAGAUGGUCUCUGAUCCUCCAAGAAUAUCGAAGGAUAGGCAGCUUGUGCUUGGAAACAGCAUGGUAAUGGAGGGAACAUCCAUGCAGCUGGUGGAGGUAAACCAAAACACCCUGAUUCAGUGGCACAAUAACAGACAGAAAAAGCAG